AUGAAUAUUUGCACAAAGCUUAGAACGUUGUGUUCUCAGUUUUAUAAUAAAAUUUUUAUUACCAAAUUUAAGAUAUGCGUCCUUGGACUCAAAGGGUCAUCUAAGUCUUCUAUAAUAAAUUCAGUUUUUCGAGAUGCAGAAAUAAAACAAAGUAAAGGAGUUAAUACAUUAGAAUAUCUGUAUAAUGGAGUUACGUAUAGUGUUUAUGAUGUUAAGGGUGACCAUAAGUAUAGAAAAUUGUGGGAUUGUUUAUACAGAAAAUGUGACGUUUUAAUUUACUGUGUAGAUCUCAGCGAAAAGAAAGAAGAAUGGGAUAAGAGUAAAUUUGAACUUAAACAGUUAUUGCAUAGAAAUAGUAGAAAAAUGAAAAAUAUGCUGGUACUUGGUACAAAAAAUGAUAAAGGACGUGCUAUGGAUAUUAAUGACAUGAUUUAUCAUUUAGGCUUAAAAUCAUACAUAGAUAUAGAAAUUGCAUGCUUUUCCGUUUCAGCUAAAGAAAAAACAAAUAUUGAACUUGUGCAGCCAUGGUUGUAUGAACAAUAUCAAAUUAAACAUAAAAAAGAGCGAUUAAAUAUUUUUUAA